UUCGGCGAAGAUGAAUGCAAUAUUAGAAGGUGCCUCGUACGAUUCAGUAGCCUCAGUCAUAUUCCCAAGAAAUAUAUACCAAAGGCGAACUGCCCCACUACGCGGGGCGGAAUGUAAUCGGGAAGUGACACCGGUCAGCUUUUUUUUAUGCCUGAUUUCAGUGAUGCUCCUAAGUACAGGGAUAGGCGUAACUGCCGCUAUGCUAUGGGGCCUUGCGGUCAAAAUUCCUUACGCACCGAUCACCCGAGCGUACUUGACCAUCGUUAGCGACGUUCUCAAUUUCGGCGCGGGCUUGCUCAGUAUUCCGUGCUUUUGGAUUACUUAUACAUUGCACGGCUCGAAUACGAGUAAAGCAUUUUUGCCUUUAGUAAUUGCUUUAUUUGGACUGUGCAUAGUAAUCCUGCUAGUAAGCGAGGGCAUCAACUAUGCCUAUAAAUUUGAGCCCGAAUCGCAAACUCUAAACAGAACCCUACUUCAAUCAAUGCCCCUCUACACACGAAAUAUGCAGGUAUUCAAGACAUGGAACAUGAUACACAAACAUCUGAGCUGCUGUGGAAGCACCUCGUAUAAAGAGUGGGUGGGUUUACUUAAAACAAUACCUAAAUCCUGUUGCCUCCAAAAUAGCUGUGACGACGGGAAAAUGUAUACUCAAGGCUGCGCUCAUAAAAUCGCCUUAGAUAUGAUGAGGAGUCGUUCACUUUCGCUCGGUCUGACCGGAAUAUUAACUCUCGUUCACGUACGUGCCACAGCACUCAGCGGCUACGGCUAUUUACAGCAAUUUUCCAGAUCGCUGGCCUGUGCAUCACGUUCGUAAUCUACAUCGCCAGUAGCUAAUAUUCUUCAAUGUAAAGAAAAAUAUUUAUUACUCUCAAAUAAUAUAUCAUACAAGCUGAAAACAAAAAAAAACAACAGUACAUUAUUUUUCUUCAAUUACAGAAGAACUUUUCACUGACUAUUGGAAGAAAGUUAAAUAUUCUGUAAAUAUCACAGAUUCUUUUGGAAAGAUGAUUAUACAGAGU